CUGGGUCCGGAUGAGGAGACGACUUUCCGGCCCGCGCCCGCCACUUUCGGGCACUUCCGGGGCUGCCACUUUCGCUUUCUCUUCCUGCUGCCUUCCGGGGAGCGGGCGUCGCGAGGUUGAGGUUCCGGAUGCCAGGGGACGCCCGUCCGGGCCGGCUUCUCUAUCUCGGUCAUCCCGAGAUAGCAUUUCCCGGAAGCAGCAGCAGCCCUCUCCGAGGGGAUGGGCGCAGGCAAGUCAAAUGGACGAAAAGACCAAGAAAGCAGAGGAGAUGGCCCUGAGCCUUGCCCGGGCAGUGGCCGGAGGGGAUGAACAGGCUGCUAUGAAGUGUGCCACUUGGCUGGCAGAACAGCGAGUACCCCUCAAGGUGCAGGUGAAGCCUGAGGCUUCCCCAACACAGGACAUCAGGCUGUGUGUGAGUGUGGAGGAUGCCCACAUGCACACUGUCACCAUCUGGCUGAUGGUACGCCCUGAUAUGACAGUGGCCUCCCUUAAGGAUAUGUUCAGAGGGUCCAGUGCAUUAUGGUGGGAAGGCAUGCUGCUAGAGAGUUGGUCUGUGGAGACAGGAGCUUGCAGCUGCAGAUUUCACGUGGCCAGGAAGCAGAGAACUCAGGCAAAAGCAGGCCAGGCUCUAACCCUCAGGACCGGCCCCCAAUGGCUGCCUGUGCCAACUGGACCUCCCCCCACAAAGGUAUUCCUGGACUAUGGCUUCCCACCCAGCCUGCAGCAGUGGGUGUUUGGGCAGCGACUGGCACGAGAUCAGGAGACCCUGCAUUCCCACGGGGUGCGGCGGAAUGGAGACAGUGCCUACCUCUACCUGCUGUCAGCCUGCAACACCUUGCUCAACCCUCAGGAGCUGCAGCGGCAGCGGCAGCUGCGGAUGCUGGAAGAUUUGGGCUUCAAGGACCUCACACUACAGCCACGGGGCCCCUUGGAGCCUGUCCUUCCCAAGCCCAGGGCCCCCCAGGAUCCAGGGCAGCCAGAUGCAGUGCCAGAGCCGCCACUGGUGGGCUGGCAGUGCCCUGGGUGUACCUUCAUCAACAAACCUACACGGCCUGGGUGUGAGAUGUGCUGUCGUGCAAGGCCAGAGACCUACCAGGUACCUGCCUCAUACCAACCAGACGAGGAAGAGCGAGCACGCCUGGCCAGUGAGGAGGAGGCGCUGCGCCAGUACCAGCAGCGGAAGCAGCAGCAGCAGGAGGGAAACUACCUGCAGCAUGUCCAGCUGGAGCAGAGGAGCCUGGUGCUGAACACUGAGCCGGCCGAGUGCCCUGUGUGCUACUCGGUGCUGGCUCCUGGAGAGGCCGUGGUGCUGCGGGAGUGUCUGCACACCUUCUGCAGGGAGUGCCUGCAGGGCACCAUCCGCAACAGCCAGGAGGCAGAGGUCUCCUGCCCCUUCAUUGACAAUACCUACUCAUGCCCAGGCAAGCUGCUGGAGAGAGAGAUCCGGGCGCUCCUGCCCCCUGAGGACUAUCAGCGCUUCCUGGACCUGAGCAUGUCCAUUGCAGAGAACCGCAGCACUUUCAGCUACCAUUGCAAGACCCCUGACUGCAGGGGCUGGUGCUUCUUUGAGGAUGACGUCAAUGAGUUCGCCUGUCCCGUGUGCUCCCGAGUCAACUGCCUGCUCUGCAAGGCCAUCCAUGAGCGCAUGAACUGCAAGGAAUAUCAGGAUGACCUGGCCCUGCGGGCUCAGAAUGAUGUGGCUGCCCGGCAGACCACAGAGAUGCUGAGAGUGAUGCUGCAGCAAGGCGAGGCUAUGCACUGCCCACAGUGCCGGAUUGUGGUGCAGAAGAAGGAUGGCUGCGACUGGAUCCGCUGCACUGUCUGCCACACUGAGAUCUGCUGGGUCACCAAGGGUCCACGCUGGGGCCCUGGGGGCCCUGGGGACACCAGUGGGGGCUGCCGCUGCCGGGUCAAUGGGAUUCCUUGUCAUCCCAGUUGUCAGAACUGCCACUGAGCCUGAGAUGGAGGUCCUCACACUGGCUCAGCCCCACAUCUGUGGCAGCUGAUGGGUUGGAUGAGGACAGGGGCUUUAACUCUGGUUUUGGCCACCAAGAUACCUUUAGGCUUGGCCAAGGCAAAGACCUCAAGCUGCGCUGACAGCUUGUUGGCUACAUGUGUUGCAGGAGCCCCAGUUGAAGUAGCUGAUGUCAUUAUGUCUGUCCUAGCGCCUUUGUCUCUUCUCUGGGGUUGCUGGCUAGACCUAAUCACUGUGGGCAGCUCCCACCCCUGCUACACAGCCUUAAUUACACAGCCCUGGCCUGCAGCCUGGCUGGGUAAAGCCUCUAAGCCUCCAAGUGAUAUGCCAUUCUCCCUUCCUCACCUUUUGCCCCAAGCCCCAAGGACUCCAUCCUUUCCCUGCUGGCACUCUGGGAGUUUUGCUGCUGUUGCUGCUGGAGGCCUGGCACCUCUUAGGCUUACUGUGAACUUGUCCAGGGCCUUGGGUAGACUGGCAUGUGUGAAAACAUGAAUAUCCUUCUGCUGAUUAAGUGAAUUAAAGUGGUUUUCCAGUAAGA